AUGGAACCUUUCUCUUUCGCCAGUUCGUCGGCGCUGAAUCUCCCUGUCAAUGUGAAGAUUAAUAGCCUGGACGGCUAUCAGAAGCCGAUCCCUUUCUCCGUCUUGCUAAAGGACCCUGACUUAAGACACAGAGGCUCAAAUCUCAGCCCUCACUCCGAGCUCUAUGUCACUGCACAGCUAUGGGCUGACAGCAAGCCCUUGACCGUGCCUGUCCAGACUGCGUACAAGACUUUCAAAACCGGCAGAAGAUGGAACGAAUGGUUGACCCUACCCAUCAACUACUCGGUCCUCCCCCUGUCUGCGCAGCUCGCUAUUACCGUAUGGGACCUGUCGCCGACUGGGGGCGAGGGCUCCCACUUCCACGCCAUACCCUUCGGAGGCACCACCAUACCUCUGUUUGACAAAGACAACACCCUGCACAAGGGCAAGCAAAGGUGCAGGAUCCACCGCCACAAAGCUGCAGACGGACUGUCGACCACCAAGACACCCUUUGCGCGACCCCCUCAGAGGAAUCGCAAGGAUGCAGGGCCAAGCGUGGACGGUAUGGAUGAGCGGAUGCGAGAGUUGGAGAGACUCGAGGGUCUCCUGAAAAAGCUCGAGAUGGAGGAGAUACCUCAGAACCAAUGGCUGGAUCAGCUGGUAUUUCGGAAGUAUGCACAGCUGGAGCAGAGCGUGCUGAAAGAGAGGUCAAGACAGGGACACAGGGCUGCUGCUCAGCACAAAGAUGGUCAGAACGGUGCCGAGGACGGCUCUGAAGGGUCCGAUGACGGCGAGAACGACGAGAAAUUCUACCUUCACAUCGAGUUCCCGCGGUUUGACCACCCGAUUGUCUUCACCGAUCAGGAGUAUCCACCACCUCCAAUAUCCAGCUUCAAGCUCCCUGGUGGCUCUGCGGCUGAAGUACGUUUAAGACCUCCCCCCGAGGUGUCCUUCGGGCCCGGCAUCAACAUCGAUGCGGCGGGCUAUGGCGAUUCCGAUGCCGGACCGUUGAUUCGCAUAUAUGAUCCGGAGGUUGGUUUACGCAAUAACCCGGCGGAGAUCAAGCACAACGCUUUGAUCCGAGGAGAUCGAAGUGCCGUCAUGGCGCGAGACGCGAAACCGAACAAUAAGGAGCGAGACGAUCUCAAGAUUGUCCUCUCCUAUGGCCCUACUCGUGAGCUUGACGCUACGGAGCAGAACUUAAUCUGGAGGUUUAGGCAUCACCUAACGAAGGACAAGAAGGCUCUGACCAAGUUCGUGAAAUCAGUACAAUGGGACAACCCGGUUGAAGUCCGACAAGCUCUACAGAUUCUGCCGAAGUGGACCGCGAUCGAUGUUGAUGAUGCACUGGAGCUGCUAGGCCCCAGCACUGACAACCCCAUCGUUCGUGCUUACGCUGUCGACCGCUUGAGGAAGUCUGACGACGAGGAGUUGCUUCUUUAUUUGCUACAGCUGGUACAGGCUCUAAAGUUUGAGAAAGCUGCCGAUGAAGACAGUGCCGCACAAGACUCAUCUCUGGCACGGUUUCUCAUUUCACGGGCAGCCAACAACCUUAUGCUUGGGAACUACUUGCAUUGGUAUCUGAUGGUCGAAUGCGACGACCGCAGCCCUACACAAGGCCAAGAGCAUCGCAAACUCUUUGCAAAGGUGGAGUACGACUUUAUGACCGAGCUCACUAAGACCCCGGAUGGACCAGAGCGGCGCAAGACGCUUCUCAGGCAAGGCGAACUUAUCACAGUGCUGUCUAAAAUCUCGAAGGAGCUGCGCUUUGCCCGCAUCGACCGCCCGCACAAGAUCGAAAAGCUGAAGAAGUUCCUUGCGGACCCCAGCAACGAGCUCAUCAAGAUCGAGCCACCACUUCCACUCCCGCUUGACCCCAGUGUCUCCAUUACCGGCUGCUUUCCCGACGCGGCGAAUGUCUUCAAAUCGACUCUCAAUCCCCUUCUCAUCACUUUCAAACUCGCCGAUGGGACGAAGUACCCGCUCAUUUUCAAGACGGGCGAUGACCUCCGUCAGGACCAGUUGGUCAUCCAAAUCAUCACGCUUAUGGACCGGCUCCUCCGCAAAGAGAACCUCGACCUCAAGCUAACCCCCUACCGCAUCCUGGCAACAUCGACCAGCGCCGGUGCCGUGCAAUUCGUACCCUCCAUGUCCCUCGCAGCAGCCGUCGCCAAAUACAAAGGCUCCUUACUCGCCUACCUCCGCGACAACAACCCCGACCGCCAAGCGCCACUCGGCGUGCGCAAAGAAGCCAUGGACACGUACGUCAAGUCCUGCGCCGGCUACUGCGUGAUAACCUACCUGCUCGGCGUCGGCGACCGACACCUCGACAACUUACUCCUAGCGCCCGACGGCCACUUCUUCCACGCUGACUUCGGCUACAUCCUGGGCCGUGACCCGAAGCCCUUCGCGCCUUUGAUGAAGCUCUGCCGUGAGAUGAUCGAAGGCAUGGGCGGGACAGGGAGCACCCAGUACGCGCAGUUCAAGCAGCACUGCUUCACGGCGUACACCACGUUGCGGAAAAGCGCGAACCUGAUACUCAAUCUUUUUGCGCUGAUGCAGGACGCGAAUGUGCCGGAUAUCAGGAUCGAGCCGGAUAAGGCGGUGCUGAAGGUCAGGGAGAGGUUUUGUUUGGAGCUGAGCGAGGAGGAUGCGAUUAGGCAUUUUGAGGCGCUGAUUCAGGACUCGGUGGGCGCGAUUAUGCCGGUUGUUAUUGAUCGGUUGCAUGGGUUUGUGCAGCAUUUUAGGGCGUAG